GUGCCUUACAAGUGGAAAAGAAGCAGUGGAGGUAGGGUCAAAACUGUAAAUAUGGCCAACAAAUAAACGGACUUUCACUCGAGUACAAUUUCAUAGUUUGUGUGAGGAUUUCACUCACGUCUUCAACUGAAAUCUGAAAUCCAUUUAACCAAAAUCACAAAAAUGGCUGAUGAAGGAAACAAAACAACGAUGUUAGGGGAAUACAAGACAUCAUCUAUGGAAGACGGAGGCGAGGAAGGAGAGAUCGUGGGGGAAUCGAAUGCUACGACGUCGUCGUCCUUAGGCAAACCAAUCACAAUGAAACAUCCACUAGAACAUUCUUGGACAUUUUGGUUCGAUAACCCUUCAGGGAAAUCGAAGCAAGCUGCUUGGGGUAGUUCCAUUCGUCCCAUUUACACCUUCUCCACUGCUGAAGAUUUUUGGAGUGUGUACAGCAACAUCCACCACCCAAGCAAGUUGGCUGUGGGUGCAGAUUUUCAUUGUUUUAAAAAUAAAAUCGAGCCAAAAUGGGAGGAUCCUGUAUGUGCCAAUGGAGGGAAGUGGACGAUGAACUUUCCUAGGGGUAAAUCUGAUACCUGCUGGCUGUAUACGCUGCUGGCACUGAUUGGAGAGCAAUUUGAUUAUGGAGAUGAAAUUUGUGGAGCGGUUGUUAAUGUUCGAGUUAGACAGGAGAAAAUAGCUCUGUGGACCAGGAAUGCUGCCAAUGAAAUAGCUCAGGUGAGCAUUGGCAAACAAUGGAAGGAGUUUCUGGAUUACAAUGACACAAUUGGCUUUAUAUUUCAUGAUGAUGCAAAGAAGCUUGACAGAGCUGCCAAGAAUCGUUAUUCCGUAUAGUUCUUUCGUUACAACGGGAAUGCAAUCUAUACAGUUACAGUGGUGUUUUACUGAAGAAUCAGCAGUCACUUGCGGUUGCCUGUUUUACCUCUCGCGUUGACGAUAUUCGUAUAUGGUAUUUGUUUGGAUUUGAAGCUUUUUGACGACUUAACAAUAACAAUUGGUCAUAUGUGACUUGUAGAGACUGGUACGAUUCAAUUCAACAUUUUAUUCGUUUGGGUUU